AUAGUGAUGCUUCUAACUGGCUGCAUAUCAUCAUCAGACAAUUGAACAUCAAAUUUCUUUUGCUUCAUAACAUUUAUCCUAGUAAAAUGGAACGACGAUCCACGUUCCGCUUCCGUCUUCCUUGGUCACAACCUGCACCUACUCCAUCUCCAGCUCCAACACCUGCAAGCAAACCAUCUACUCAUCCAACAAGUCGCGCUCCCACAACUCGUACUGGCUCAAGAGCUGCUUCACAGCCCUCCUGCAGCAGUACGCCGUCCUCCAGUCCUACAACUGAAAACCCAACUCGCAAGCAGCCACCAAGCGCCACCUCAACCGCAACAUCUGCUAAGCCUUCUUCACCAGCUCAACCUUCAACUGGCACUCAAGGCCGUAAUGAUGCCCCUACCAGUACAACCACCCCAAUACCAACAUCUCCGACGCCUCUACCUCAGCCCUCAGCUGAAAUGAACGCACCUAGCCAGCCCUCUACCAGAAGCACAAGCCCUUUAACUGAAACUACCCCAGUUCCUCCUCAACCUUCAGCUGAAAGCAAAGCCCCUAUCCAGCUCUCCACCACAAGCACAAGCCCUUUAAUUGAAACUACCCCAAUUCCUCCUCAACCUUCAGCUGAAAGCAAAGCCCCUAACCAGCCAUCGACCUCAAACUCUACACCAGCAAAUGUCUGAAACUCA